AUGGCAUGCCACAACAAUAGCACCAUCCCCAAAGACUCCAACGACAUCCCCGGCGGCCCACGGACAAAUAAAUCUCGAGUUCUCGAGGCCGGGGCAUCGGCAAUCCAGGAUUUCACGCCCGUCAAGCAGAUCUGUGCUCAUUUGAAUGCGUAUCAUGUGUAUGCGUCUGAUCUGACGAGGUGUAUUGAGGCGAAUCAUUAUUGUUCACAUAUUACGGAGGGUGAGUCAAUCGACUUACUCCAGUGUCGAGUUAAACAAGAUCAAAUCCCGUUGAUACGAGCUGUUUACAAUGUGUUCAAUUGGAAGACUGAAUAUACCUAUUUCCUAGAUGUCCGUCAAUGCCUCAUCUAUGACUCUACCAAGCCUAAUGCCCGGUUAAUCGGUGUCGAAUAUAUGAUUAGUCCCAGGCUCUUCGAUACAUUGCCUCCCGAGGAACGAAAAUUGUGGCAUACACAUGAAUACGAAGUGAAGAGUGGGAUGUUGAUUAUGCCCACUCCGCCGGGAGUCCCCGACGCAAUCUGGAACAGAGCCGAAACAGCAGAAAUGCAUGACAUAACACCGUUAUACGGCAAGACGUACCAUUUCUGGCAGGUCGAUCGGGGCGAUCCUGUUCCGCUGGGUCCGCCGGAGUUGAUGAUUAGUUUCGUCUCUGAUGAUACGGUCAAGGUUGCUCAUCCGCAGGGGGUGAAGGGAUUGUUGAAUGAUAGGGAUGAGCGGUUUGGGGUGUCAUAUGAGAAGAAGGCGGAGGAGAGGAGGGAGGUUAAACCUGCUUAUAAACAUCCUGAUGCGGACGCGCCAUGGAAAGAAGCAGGUGUUUAUCUGUGAUUCAAGCCUAGGGAGCCUAUGGUAAUUUGGAAGGUUCGCGGAAAGGAGGUAUCUUAAUUUUCAUUGACUGAAGUAACAUGCUUUUGUCUAUCUGUUUUUCUGUCUCCCACACACCUCUCAACUUCCCAGUCCCAUAGCUAAAUGGGGUAAAAGCUGAGUAUGGCGUUCGGGGAUAUCUCGCGUUCUAAACAAAUCGAGACGUAUAAUAUUUCUCUUGCUUCUCUGUCCACACUCGCGCAUCUUGGUGCUUGUAUUUUGGAAACGGCGAGCUCUAGCAUUUUUAGAAGCGGUUUGUUUGUGGGGAUGAAGGGUCAAGGAGUAAAUAGUAAAGGUGUGAGGAGUGAGUGGAAAAUAGUGGAAGUGCAGUCUUCCUUUGUCCUCAAUUUUUGGCUGGCAUGAGCCGUACGGUCAGCUAUUAGUGUUCAUUGUAGGUCUGCAGACGCAAUGAAGAUGUUUUGAUUCCCUCAUUAGGGAGCCAUCCAGCAUUUCCGCAGUUGAGCAGAGGCUUUUGGAGAAGAA